AAACUAUUGGGUAGUUGGACUACUCAGAUUGGCCAGCAGGACCAAGUUGUUCAUAUGUUUAUGCACGAAAACGGAUAUGAGACCUACGAAAAAACCUAUCGCCACGGCCGAAAUGAUCCCGGUUUAUCGAAAGUACUUCAAGCUAUGGAUAAAUUGCUUGCCAAACGAUAUAAUCAUCUAUGUCAGGAAUUCGGUUUUUGGGGAGACGUCAAACCUAGAUCAGGCGGUAAUAUAUACGAGCUUAGAACCUACCAUCUAAAGCCUGGAAGCUUAUUAGAGUGGGCGCAACAUUGGGCUAAAGGAAUAAAUUAUCGUAAAGAUUAUAAUGAGCCUGUAUGUGGUCUUUUCACGCAAAUUGGUGAAUUAUAUACUGUUCAUCAUAUAUGGUCCUAUAAGGAUUUACCAACACGAUCCGAAGCUAGAGAAAGUGCUUGGGGUCAGCCUGGAUGGGACGAAUGUGUGAUGCAUACCGUUCCUCUCAUACGCCAUAUGGACUCAGAUAUAUUAACGCCA